UUCCAAUAGUUUUUUUUAUUAUAUAUAUUUAAGUACAAACAUCCACACCCACACACACGUACGCAUAAACACAAACACACACAUGUACAUAUAUGAAUAUACGUAUACAAGCAUUCAAAUGUUCAUAGUCAUUGCAGGUUAGUUCAAGCUCAACGUGAUUUUCUUAGAGGGAAAACCAAAAAAAAAAACCAAGCAAAAAAUCAAUAAGAAAAAUACAACGAAAAUUCAAAGUCAGGUUAAACAAACCAGGAACAGAAAAUGAUCUUAAUCUACACAGUAUCUCUAAUAAUGCUGACGGCAUUGGUAAAUGCUGCUAAUCCUUGCUGCUCGUUUCCAUGCCAACACAAAUCUGUUUGUAUGACCAAAGGAUUUGAUGAUUAUAUAUGUGACUGUAGCCAAACAGGUUACUAUGGCAAAAACUGUGAAAUACCAACAUUUCGUCAAACAAUUAUCAGUUUUAUAAAACCGACCCCUGAUACUGUACAUUAUAUCUUAACAAAUUUCCCAGUGUUAUGGACAAUUGUGAACAAUGUCCCUUUUCUCAAUAACAUUGUUAUGGCUUAUGUAUACGUAUCGAGGGGACAACUGGUGGACAGUCCCCCUCUCUAUGUGUCCAACCAGACUUUCACAUACUUGGACAUCUACUACAACAGGUCAACAUUUGUGCGCAAUCUACCACCGGUCCCCAAGGAUUGUCCCACGCCGUUGGGCGUUGUAGGUCCCAAGGUCCUUCCUGACACAAAUAAACUCAUAGAACUCUUCAGGAGACAAGAAUUUAAACCUGACCCCAUGGGAACAAGUCUGCUAUUCGCUUUUAUGGCUCAACAUUUUACUCACCAGUUUUUCAAGACUGACCUAACCAAAAAUCCCGACAUGCAAUGGGGUAAUCAAGGCGUUGAUGCCAGUAAUAUCUAUGGCAAAAAUCUUCAUGAAGAGAAUCUUUUAAGAACAUUCAAAGAUGGUAAAAUGAAGUCUCAGAUCAUAAACAACGAAGUAUGGCCACCCCAUGUAAAAGACGCUCCUGUCUCAGCCAAGUUUUUAGAUAAAAUAGAUCAGAAUUUCCAUUUUGCAGUUGGUCAUGAGUUCUUCAAUGUGGUCCCGGGCCUCAUCGUCUUCUCCACUGUUUGGCUGCGGGAACACAACCGAGUCUGCAACAUUUUAAAGAAGGAGCAUCCAGAAUGGUUAGAUGAACAAUUGUUCCAGACAACUAAGCUCAUAAUCAUUGGUGAAAUAAUCAAAUUGAUUAUUGAAGAGUAUGUCAGCCACCUGGCACAUUAUGGCUUAAAUAUUCGCUUUGAUCCAGAACUGCUCUUUAAUCAACGUUAUCAAUACCAGAACCGAAUUGCCAUCGAAUUCAAUCAUCUAUACCACUGGCAUCCAUUCAUACCUGACAUUUUCAACAUCAAUGGAACAAUGUACACAAACAGGGAGUUUUAUUACCAUCCUGAGAUUGUUGUAAAGCAUGGAAUGAAGGCAUUUGUUGAUUCCUUGUCACGACAAACAGCUGGUCAAAUGACAGCUUACAACCAUGGAGCAGUCACACUGCACGUUGCCAAAGAAAUCAUUGAACAUGGUCGAUUGCUUCGAUUACAGUCAUUCAAUAAUUAUCGACGACGGUUCAAUUUGAAACCUUACAAAAACUUCUUUGAAUUGACAGGUAACAUGGAACUGGCAAAUAUACUUGAAAAUUUUUAUGGAGAUGUGGAAGCUGUGGAGAUGUAUGUUGGAAUGAUUGCUGAGAAACGCCAACACAAAUCAUUGUUUGGACAAACCAUUAUCGAAAUGGGAGCCCCUUUCUCUGUGAAGGGUCUUAUGUCGAAUCCUAUCUGUAGUCCCGGAUGGUGGAAGCCGUCCACGUUUGGUGGUGAUGUAGGUUUCAACAUUGUCAAGACACAAACUUUCAAGAAACUGUUUUGUCAAAACAUGAAAGACGGUUGUGGAUUGGUUAGUUUACGGAUACCCGAAUGGACGGAAGAAUAUGAAGAAUCUCGGCGUAAAAUUGAAAAUGAAGCUAUGUACAGGAUGCCAUCAACAAAGGAAUCAACUUCAGAGAAGCCCCUAAUGUCAAACAGUAAACCACAAUCGAACGAAUUAUGAAUCACUACAGAAUAAAAAUUAUUAGCCUCACUCCUGAAUAUACACCCAGACACAUGUGUACAUGUCACUGAAACUCAUACACAAAUACAUACAUCUGCACAUAUACACAUUUUUGAAAAAUUUAAAAUUUUAAAUACAUAAGUGUUUCUUGGAAAAUGGGUUUCUUGGAAAAUGGGUUUCUUGGAAAAUGAUCAUCAGACAUGUUCACUGAUUGUCAAUAUUUAAAGAUUGACCAUUUCCAUUCACUAAAUUUUUUCUAGCUGUAGUAACAGUGACUACCCUGUGUCUGUAUGUGUAAAUGUGCAUGCAAAACAGAAUGAUUGCGUCUAUAUGUGGUGUAUGUGUAUAUAUAUAUAUGUAUAUAUGUAUAUGUGCAUGUAAAUGUAUGUAUAUAUACAUAUGUGCAUACAUACAUAUAUGUGUGUGUGUGUGCAUACACAAAAUAUCUGUGUGUGUGUGUGUGUGCACGUAUACAUAUAUAUGUGUGUGUGUGUGCGUAUACAUACAUACAUACAUAUAUAUAUGUUCGAAAAAAGUUCAUUUUAUGUUUUCGUUUUCCGUUUCCCAUUGUGUUUAAUGUUUUUUUUUUUAUGUCCUGUACCCAUAUAUGCAUGUAUGUAUACAUAUAGAUGUAGGUACGUACAUAUAUGUAUGGAUAUAUGCAUAUAUCUAUAUAUUUAUAUUAUUAUUAUAUAUAUAUAUAUAUAUAUAUAUAUAUAUAUGUGUGUAUUUAUAUAUAUAUGUGUGUAUUUAUAUAUAUAUAUAUGUGUAUUUAUAUAUAUAUAUAUAUGUAUUUAUAUAUAUAUAUAUAUGUAUUUAUAUAAUCAGGGACAUAUAUUCCAGGUGUGCUGCACGCUCAUCAAGAAUGGCAAAUUCAUUAUAAAUACUAACCCUAAGAUUCCGAGUUCGAUUCCAAACAGUGACCUGAAUAAUAAUAAUAAUAGUAGUAAUAAUAAUAAUAAUAAUAAUAAUAAUAAUAAUAAUAAUAAUAAUAAUGAUAAAA